UCGGCAGGUCGCAAUGUACCGGCAGGUGAGCGUUUGGGCGCUACUGUUGACCGUGGUGCUGCGCCAGACCGCCGGGGACAUACCGGUGGACGAAGCGGAACACGAGCAGCUGCUCACGGUCGUGCCCUGCAUCAGGCGGCUGUGCGAGAAGUACUUUCGGUCGGAACGCGCCAUGAAGGGUUCGCUGGCCAUCAUCAACAUCAAGCCGGACGCGUCCACCUUCCAGCAGCACAUACUGCGCUCGUUCAACGAGGACCCCCGGCACGAGAUGGGCGUGAUGGUGAAGGACGCUUCCCGGCCGCACCUGAACGCAUCGCACGUAACGGAGAAGGCCAAGAACUACCUGAUGCUGAUUGCCGACUCGUCGGCGCUGGCCGCCCCGAUCCGGCAGCUGCGCCGGCUGCCCACCUGGAACCCGCUGGCCCAGGUGGUGGUGGUGUUCACGGCCGAGCUGACGCCGCUCGUCUUCGAGAUCGAGGUGCGGAACGUGCUCCAGGAGCUGUUCGACCAUUCCGUGCUGAACGUGAACGUAAUGGUGCAGCGGUACAACACGUCCGUGCUGGAGGUGUGGACCUGGUUCCCGUACGAGAGCGGCAGCUGUGCGGACAACAUCGAGCGGUUGCGGCUGGUCGACGAGUGUGAGUAUGCGUUCCAGGAGCCGGACCCGGAGGGCAACGUGCGCUCCGCCUGGGUGUACCGCGAGCGGCACUACUUCUCCGACUAUGGGCCGAAGAUCCCGAAGUACUACCACUACUGCCCGCUCAAGGUGUCGACCAGCAUCUGGGAGCCGUUCGUCGUGGGCAACGCGAGCCACAUCGAGAAGGGCCUGGAGGUGCUAAUGCUGGACGUGAUCACGGCCCGGAUGCGCCUGGUACCGGUGUUUAGCGUGAUCGACGGCAGCCUCACGACAGCACGCAUCACGGCGGACAAUCAGACGGGGCUGUACGCGGACGUGUUGCAGCGACGAACCGACCUAAUGAUUGGCGGGCUGCACGAAAACCCGAUCAGCCGGAAGCUGCUGUCGGCCACGAUACCGUACUUUCAGGACGAUCUUACCUGGUGCGUGCCGACCGCCCGACACGCACCCAAGUGGCUGAACGUGUUCAUCAUCUUCAACGUGUGGACGUGGCUGAUCGCGAUCGGGAUCAUCUUCGCGGCGGCCGGUCUGCUGUUCCGGUUCAACUACGUCGAGGGGUUGUACCGGGUGAACUACACCUGGAUGCUGCUCCAGUCGCUGGCGUUCUCGCUGAGCGUGUACGCGCACUACUGGCCGCGGCGCGUCUCCAUCCGGCUGUUCCUGAUCGGGUACAUGUUUUACGGGCUGCACUGGAACGCGGCCUACCAUAGCUUCCUGAUCUCGGUGCUGACGCGCCCCCGGUACGAGCCGCAGAUCGCCACCGUGCAGCAGGCGAUCGAGGCCGGGUUUGGGUUUGCGGGUGCGGAAAACACGCUCGGCCACUUUGACAAACCGGACGGCGUGUCGCGCCACAUUGCCGCGCACUACGCGGUGUGCAGGAAUUUGGACGAGUGUCUGGGGCGGCUGCGCCGGGAGCGCACGGUUGCGAUCGCGAUGAGCCGGGCCCAUUCGAGCAACAGCCGGGCGAUCGGGGAGGCCGAGCUGUACUGCUUCUCGAAGGCGGAAAACAUCUACACCUACUCGGUGAGCAUGCUGGCGAAGAAGGACUUUCAUCUGCUGCCGAAGAUCAACGAGCUAAUACGGCGGAUCAGCGAGAGCGGGCUGCUGGGCAAGUGGCAGAAGGAGAGCGAAAAGAUCCGCAUCGAUCGCGAUGAGGACGAGGGGGCGGGAGGCGAUGAAGGAGGGGGCAGCGGAGGUGAUGGUGAGAAAAGUGGAGAAGGACAGACGAUUCUGCGGCUGGAUCACAUCGAGGGCGCCUUUCUGCUCGGUGCCGCCGGACUGCUGCUCGCGCUGGCUGCGUUCGUCGGCGAGGUGCUGUACUACCGGGCGAAGCGGCGCUAUCGAUGGCGAGACAAUCUGGCCGAUCGGUAUCUUUUGUAG